UAAAAAAUACAUCAAUAUUUAAUCAUUUAAAAUAUAGUUAAUUAAUUUUAUUUAUAUUAAUGAGGGUUGAACGUAUUUUUAUUUUUUAAAUUGUAUUUCUAAUUUAUCCUAAAAACUAUGGCUCUUCGAAAAGCUGCUGGAUUUGUUAUUUAUAGAAAAAACUGUAAUAAUGUAAAUGAAUAUUUACUUAUGCAAGCAUCUUAUGAUAAUUAUCAUUGGACUCCACCUAAAGGUCACUUGGAAGAGAAUGAACUCAAUAUAGAUGCAGCUAUUCGAGAAACUGAAGAAGAAGCUGGAAUUAAAGCGCGAGAUCUCAAUAUACAUCAUGAUUUUGAAAAAGUGUUGACGUAUGCACCAAAAAAUAAGCCAUUUACCAAACAAGUUACUUAUUGGUUAGCUUGUUUAGUUAACCCUGAUACACCAAUUAUAUUAUCUCAUGAACAUAAGGAUUUCAAAUGGCUGCCCUUAACACAAGCCAAAGAAAAAGCUGCAUUUCCUGAAUUGCAAAAAUUACUUGAUGAAUGUGAAAACUAUUUAAUUAAAACUAAUGCUUGAAAGCACUUAUGUAAAUCUUAACUUUAUAGAACCAUUUUAAUUUUAAUUAUAAUUCUAUUAUUUUUCAUCAUUGUAAGUACUAUAAAAUUAAAGUAAUAAAAAAGUUUUUAAAUAAUUAAUAUAGUCCUGUAUUAACAUUAACAGAACAAUUUUUACUUUAAAUAUUACGACCGAGCUGUUUCCUCCUGUUCAAGACAAUCUAGUCUGUUUCCUCAUAAUUAUUACACAAACGGAAAAUUUACUUUUCGUUUAUUCAAUAAAAAGCUUGUAUAGUAAUUUUUUGUUAAUAUGAAAGAUUGAAAUCAAACUAUGGUGUAAUAGAUUUUUAAGAAUAAAUUGGAAUCUUGUUUUGAAUAAGUAUAAUAUAUUUGUACCUUUA